AUGGGUUGUGAUCUGAAACGUUUCCUUCUUGCAUUACUUCUGCUGCGAAUAUGUGACUACGCAGCUGCUUCUAAUUUCUCUUUUGCAUUACCUAAUUGCAAAGACCAUUGCGGAAUUGUUGAUGUUCCUUACCCUUUUGGGAUAGGCCAAGGUUGUUACAAGGACAAGUGGUUCGAGAUUGUCUGCAGGAACUCAUCAGAACAACUCUCAGUACCUUUCCUACUUAGCAUCGAACGGGAAGUUAUCUCCAUCUCCAUUGUUGGCCUUCCCACCGUUUCUUAUGAUGAGACCAACAAGUUUUACAUUCUGAGUCCAUUGAAGCACUCAGGUUGCUCCAAUGGAGUAGUAGGUGAUUCAUCGCCUUUGAAUCUAACAGGCAGUCCAUUCUUCAUAUCAGACAAGAACAAGUUCACAGCUGUUGGAUGCAACAACAAGGCGUCGAUGAACGGGACAGGGUUGCAAAUCGUGGGAUGUGAGGCGACAUGUAGGAAUGAGAUACAGUCUUUUCAAGAUGAUUACAAAAGCUGUGUGGGUUAUAAAUGCUGCCAAACCUCAAUACCACCUAAUCUUCUGCUGUUUGAUGCGACUUUGGAGAAACUGGAACCCAGUAAAGACGGAUGUCAAGUUGCAUACUUGUCACAAUUCAACUUGGAAGGGUAUAUGUUCACGGCUCCUCAACUAUCAGAGUACGGUAACUACACGAGGAUGGAGCUCGAAUGGCGUUUUGAUCUUCCUUCGACAUCUACGGACACUGAUGAAUGCAUAGAUCCAAAGCUAAAUGUAUGUGGAAAGAACAAGUGUGUGAACGUUCCUGGAUCAUUCAAAUGUAGGAAAACUUGGCUAACCAUUUUAAGUGGAACUCUCAGUGCUGGAUUGUUGCUUUUGGUCAUUGGAAUGUGGUUGCUAUGCAAGGCUAAUAAAAAGCGGAGAGUAGCCAAGCAGAAGAGGAAGUUCUUCAAACGAAAUGGAGGUUUGUUGUUACAACAACAAACAUCUUUCCUUCAAGGCAGUGUCAACAGAACCAAACUGUUCAGCUCUCGUGACCUGGAGAAGGCAACCGACAAAUUCAACGCAAGCAGAAUACUAGGGCAAGGUGGGCAAGGUACAGUAUACAAGGGAAUGUUGGAAGAUGGAAUAAUUGUCGCAGUUAAGAAAUCCAAAGCAUUGGAAGAAGAGAAUCUUGAGGAAUUCAUCAACGAGAUAAUCCUUUUGUCACAGAUUAACCACAGAAAUGUUGUCAAAAUCCUAGGUUGUUGUCUUGAGACGGAGAACCCAUCAGAGGAUUUCCCAAUGACUUGGGAAGUCCGUCUCUGCAUCGCCUGUGAAGUCGCAGAUGCUCUCCUACCUGCAUUCAGCCGCCUCUAUUCCAAUAUAUCACAGAGAUGUCAACAUCGUGCAAAAGUAGCAGAUUUUGGGAUUUCCAGAUCUGUUCCUAUAGAUGACACUCACUUGACAACAAUAGUGCAAGGAACAGUUGGAUACGUAGACCCAGAAUAUCUCCAGUCAAACCACUUCACAGGGAAGAGUGAUGUCUACAGUUUUGGGGUUUUGCUCAUUGAGCUCUUAACUGGAGAGAAACCUGUCUCCCUCCUGAGGCGGCAAGAAGUCAGGCUGCUGGGUGCUUACUUCCUUGAAGCCAUGAGAAAUGACAGACUUCAUGAGAUUCUCGAUGCUCGCAUCAUGGAGGAAUGUGAUCAAGAAGAGGUCUUUACAGUAGCCAAACUUGCAAGAAGGUGUUUGAGCUUGAACUCACAACACCGCCCUACCAUGAGAGUCGUCUCUAUUGAACUGGAUAGGAUGCAAUCCAAGAAAAAAGAAAUUCAAAACCAAGCACAGAAUAGUGAAGAGCAUGCACACAUCCAGAUUGCUAUACCGGAGUCUAUGUCACUCAGUUAUACUUCUCCGGAAAUAGUCAUUGAAAACAGCUCAUUCUCACUGGACUCAAAACCACUCAUGCCUCACAAGACACAGUGA